AUGGCAGAAACCAGUCCAUCUUUGACCGAACUAGACAGGAUGAUCUUUACUGAGAGAACAUUCGAGAGCGUGUUGGAGCGGGCCAUUAUGCCUCAAGUUUCUUCUGCUUUGCGUCUUGCAUGGCCAAUUCACUACUCGAACGAUGAUCUGAAGGACGUCGUCGAGAUCGGAAAGGGAGACAAGGCUCGGAAAGGGAUCUAUGAAGACGAUCGAUACUACCCCGACUGGGCUGGUAUUCGAGAAGGAGUUGUCACGCGGUUUGGAUACAGAAAUCUCUGUCCUAGGGAGACCAAACUCGAAUCAAAGUGGAAUAGCUCGAGAAAGGAUUUCGACUAUGCGGAACCAUUUAAACAGAUUCAAACCUAUUGUGGACGUCAGUGGAAUACCCGAUAUGGGUACAUCAUCACAACAAAAGAACUUGUUGUUGUCAAAGUCUCGAGGGAAACGAUAGGGCCUGGUCUUGCUGCUACGAGAAGCGUUCGAACGGUAACGCAGCAGGCGAGAAAUGACAAUUCCCACUCGCGAACGAUUUCCAUCGAAACUGUCAGUUCAGGAGUUCAGGCAAUGUCUCUCGAUACAGGAUCGGUUUACGACGAAGUUGGUAGUCUCAAUAUCGAGCAUGGGCCGCUCCAGUUUAAAAGCAUUCCGUGGGAUGCUACUGGGGCUUCGAGUCAUGGUGGCUACAUAUGGAGACCGGCAAGGAAUCAUCUGUCACGAAUUAUCCGUCCCCAAGCAUUGCAGGUACCAAACUAG